AGUACUAGUAAAUUUUUAAUAAGCCGAUGCUGCCGAUGCCCGCCCGAUGCGGCCGUCGAUCCCGCAGUUAAUGCUGGUCAUUGGAACUAUUGAAUCAGGACAAAGACAAACAACAUGGACGGCGAUGCAUCGAGAGGCCGCGGUGGAGGCUUCAGAGGUGGCAUGAUGCGUGGUGGACCACGAGGACGCGGCGGACCAAUGCGAGGACGUGGUGGCCCACCAGGGAUGUUCAGAGGCGGCCCACCAAGAGGAGGACCCAGCCCCAGGGGUAAUGGACCCCCCAGGGGCGGUGGUGGCGACUUCAUGGGGGGCCGCGGUGGGGGCGGUGACUUCAUGGGCGGACGAGGCCGCGGGGACUUCAGAGGUCGAGGAGACUUCAGGGGUCGCGGUGACUUCUCGGGAGGCCGCGGGCGAGGCGACUUCCGCGGCGGACGAGGGGGAGGCAACGGAGACUUUUCGAGGGGCCGUGGGUUCCCACCCAGGGGUCGUGGCCCCCCUAGAGGCAGGGGAGGGCCUCCUGGUGACUUCUCGUCCAGAGGACGUGGCGGUUACUCUGGACCUCCCAGGGAUGGCAGUGGACCCCCGACUCGCGGAGGACCCCCGAUGCGUGGCGGAAUGCCCAUGCGCGGUGGAGGAGACGGCAUGAGGGGCGGCCCCAGGGGUAGCCCCAUGGGCGGUGGACCGCCCGCCAAGCGGGGGCGCUGGGAGUCUGGACCCAGUGCUGGUUUCCAGUCUGACUCCUUCCAGAGUGAGGACUGGUCGGGCGGCUACGAUAACAGCUAUGGCGCGUCUGCUCCCGCUGCUGCACGCAGCUCUUACGACCCUUACAGCGGCAACGAAAUGCCAGGGAAUGGGUACCAGCAGGGAGCCACCGGUGGCUAUGGAGACACACAGGCUGUCGGAGGCUACGACGGGGGCUACGGCAAGCCCGGCAAUCCCGCCUCGGACUUCCGCAGCAGCGGCGGGUACCAGGCAGUUGGCAACGGAGCGGGGGCCGGUUACGCGAGCAGCUACGGUGACAGAGGUUAUGGCGGCAGGCCUCCCGCGGAGACUGGCUUUGGCGGAGGUGGUCCCAGAUCAGGUGAUCGCUACCCACCCUAUGACAGCUUUGGCGGUUCCACAUACGGCCAAUCACGAGAUAGCUAUGGUGCUGGGGGCGGAGGAGGGCACUACUAGAGUGCCUCUGUAAAAAGAGAAAGAAAAAAAAUGGGGGACGGAAAAUGUCCACCCUUUCCAAACAGAACAUCACAAUGUCUCGCAUCACAUCCUCUCCCAUGUGACCGUGUCCUAGUGCAUACCCAUCACAAGAAAGCCAUACGACAAGCUCCCGUGAGAGGAGAGAGAGAAAAGGCGAAAUGUCGCGUCAUUAAGGACACUCUUUGCUUCAUCUGACAUUUCAUGUGACAUUUUCUUUUAUACGUGAUUCAAGUGCAAAAGCGGCGCACUCGUACCUUUUUUUCUUUAACACUGUGGCACCUUUUCUUGUAUGUGAAGUAGUUAAAUCAUUCCUGUUAGCGUGAACAUUUGGGUGCCACUUGCGUUAGUGAGGAAAAAACAUUUAUGUGCACUCCUGUGUUGUUUGUCUGUACAAAGAGGAAAGUCAAAGAUACAAAGUGUUGAAUAAAUGGACAAGACCAAAAAGAGAA